CUGGCGGCUGAUGCGCUCACAACUCUCUCACACAAAGACCAUUCACAGUGGUGUGGUUCUAAUGGUUCUAAUCACUACAGGAUUUAAAACUCCAACUCUUUGAAGAUUGUGAAAUGUAUAGAAUAUAGACAAACUAGAUAUCAUAAUAUUCUGUAAGGUCCUUGUGGAAAGUUCAAUACCACCCCUGUUGGAAUUUAAAUAAGUGUAGGAUCAUGGUAUAUUGUGGAACGUAGUUUAUUGUGUACUGAAAAGUUGACCAGCGGUACCAAAAGUUUGACCUAAUGAAAACCAACCAGCGGUACCAAAAGUUUGACCUAAUGAAAACCAACCAGCGGUAUCGAAAAGUUUGACCUUAUGAAAACUAACCAGCGGUACUGAAAAGUUUGACCUAAUGAAAACUUCAGUACAGAAAAGUUUGACCAGCAGUUCUGACCAGUUGACCAGCAGCACUAAGGAUUAGACUAGUGAUAAUACCUGUGUAGGCUGUGAUGGUCUGUGAUGGUCUGUGUAGGCUGUGAUGGCCUGUGGGAUUGUAAUACCUGUAUUAGGACCUCUACCUACAGUAGAGUGACUUAGCUAUUAUACCAAUAUCAUUUUAUUUCUUGUCCAGACUUCUGCUGUUACAAAAUGUUUGCUUGUUAACAUCAAAUUUUUGAUUUACCAUUACGUGUAGUUUGAAAAACAAUUGUAAGAGGUUUGUGUGAUAAUUGUUGCUGUUUAUGUUUGGGUGAUACUAUAGCGAGUACAGUGACUGUUAUUGAUAUCAGUACUGCCGGCAGUUUAUACACAACAUUGUGGAAAUGAUAUGCAAACAUGCUGGAAACAGGUUCUAAAAACCUGUUGUCCUAAACUUCCUGCUGUGGUGAGAGCAUCAAAACUCAAAGUGGAUCCCAACGCGCGAGAUCCGUAUUACCGGGUGUAUCGCCCCUACCCCAACAUGUACCCGCCCCUGGGUCUGUGUCGACCCACUAAAGUCGUAUAUCCCCCACAGAGCCCUGAUGACUAUGGACAGGAAUCGCCAAACCGUUAUACUUCCCCCAAACCUUCCUAUGUGGACAACUUCUAUAUGGGUGAUCCGUCACCCCAUGGUGCGUCCGAUCCCUGGUCAUCUAACAACGGUCUCCCCACAUCUACAUACCCCUCGUCCAUGUUGCCAGGAAACACACAGUACUCACAGGCGCCGUCAUACCCACCCAUCCACCAUCCUCACGACAUGGGCUACCCCACCAUAUCAAUGGCCCAGGAGAACAUGCUACAGUCAGGCCUACCCCCAAUGUCAACGUUCCGCGGGGGCACCAACAUGCCCCCAAGCUCCUCCUCCUUUUCCUCCUCAUCCCCCUCCGUCAACGGUGACAUGAUGGGUGGGCGGGGCACACAAGGCCCAUCACAGACCGGUGAUGCUCUAGGAAAGGCAUUAGCUUCUAUAUAUUCACCAACAGAUCAUACAAGCAGUAAUUAUGGCUCCAAUUCCUCAACACCAGUAUCUUCCCCACCCCCUAUGUCAGGUGCAGCAAGCCAGUGGCAGCGCCCUUCAGCGCAAAGUUCUACCUCACCACACUUUGAGAGUGGUAGCGGCGGUGGUGGCACCAGUGGUGGCAGUGGUGGUGCCGGCGGUAGUGGCCCCCUCCACAAUCUGGUGAGUGUGAGUCGCAUGGAGGAACGGAUCGAGGACGCAAUACAUGUUCUUCGUCACCAUGCUGAAAUGCCAGGCAUGCCGGGUCACCAGGGGUUACCGUCCACCAUGAUGGGGUCGGGCUCACAUUCCAACGGCAUGAUGGGAAGUAUGGGUGGCCUCUCAGGCCUCAGUGGCAUGGCAAGCCACCUAGAAUCGCUGACAAGUAGCCACCACUCAAUGAGUGACAGUAGACCAAGUACAUCUGAUCCAGCCAAACCUAUAGAUGUGCUGCGUGGUGAGAGUUCUGCUGACCCAGAUCAUGAGAAUCUCAAGUCCGAGUCUUUAGACAAGGCGGAGGGGGAGUCUAUGAAAAGCGAGUGCAGUUCAGGGGGAGAUAAAUCUCAACUGUCUCCUGGCAGCAGCAGCACCGGGCCCCCUGCCAAGCGGUCACGAAGUAGUACUGAGCCAGCUGAGGAGGAUGAAUCUCCAGAGGCAAAGGCAGAAAGGGAGCGCGUGCGACGCCAGGCCAACAAUGCUAGAGAGAGUCCCGAACUUGAGGAUUCAGUCAGUAAAGCGAAACGGCGCCAAGCUAACAAUGACCGAGAGAGGGUUCGUGUGCGAGACAUAAAUGAAGCAUUUAAAGAGCUUGGGACCAUGGUUUCCCUUCACACAUCCAGCAGUCAGCCCCUAACCAAACUUAUGAUCCUUCAGCACGCCGUCAAUGUCAUCACUACGCUUGAGUCUCAGGUUCGAGAGCGUAAUCUGAACCCAAAGGCGGCGUGCCUUAAGCGUCGUGAGGAGGAGAAGACGGACGAUAUGCCGGGUGGGCGUGGCCUGUCUUCAGACGAUAUCGCCGCACAACAAGCGGCACUGGCAGAUAGCCCUUCCAUGAGUCUGCCGGGGAUGAUGAACAUUGGAUGUAGCCGGGUCCCUGGGGCCCGGGAAGGCACCUACACGGGGGGUCGGGAUGGUGAAGUCCAGCUACACAGCGCCUUCUCUUACCUGGGUCAAGAGAACAGCCCAGUGACCUCUGACCCCUACAGGUACAGCGAUGUCAAGUAUUCGGUGCGGGACUGUGAUGGCAGCCUAGGAAGUGCGACUCUAUCGCAGAAGAAAUUUCUUGGGGAUGGGACAGGGGGUCAUCCUCCCCCUGGGAUGAGUGGGGAAGAAAAGACCCGGGGAGGCAUCUUCGGAAACAUGCUGUGUUCACGGACUAAAUGAUGCUGAGAGCAUACAGUGUUCACAAACUUAAUGACGCAGGGAGCAGGCAUUGUUCAUGGACAAAGUGACACGAUAAACGUGCAGUGCUCGUGGACUCCUCUAUCAGGGAGCAGGCAUUGUGGUUCAUGGACUUAAUGACACUGAGAGCAUGCAUUGUGCACAUUAAAGUGACAGGCAUGCUCACUUCAUUUACCUACAUAUACAUAAUAUGUAUAUAUAUAUAUAUAGAUAUUACACUACGGCGGCAAAGACCAAAGGCGCGGUGAGAGAGGAACAAGAUUGUAUAUACGUUGAUUCAUGCUUAAUGAAACUGUACAUAUUCAGGCCUGGUAGGAGGAAUUCCCAACCUGUGCAUAGCAAUCGGCGAUAAAAUCAGUUGAGAGGGGCAAUUAUAGUCUAAAUUACUUCCAACCAGGAAAAAACAAUAUAUAUCAAAUCAAAUGGGAAAACAAUGAGGAUUUGUUGCUGAUGUGCUGAGUGAGUGGUUGUGACGUUUGUAUCUGAUCUCCAGGUCGUGUGGAAGCAGUCUCGUGUGGUAAACAUGGGAAACUUAGCGACCAAGGGAGAUAACCAAGUAUUUGGACAAACAAUAGUUUGGUCCGGGGGUCAGAUUUCUAUAUAUAUAUAUGAGUAUGCUCUUCCUAACAGCUACUUUGAACCUAAGUUCAGAUGUCAAAAUAUCUAUUUAAAGAGAGCAAUCAUAUAAUAGUAUAAAAUCUUGCAUGUUUUUAGUAUGCAUAUCCUGUUUGUAUUUUUCUGUAUGAUUUUUUUCUGAACUCAAGUUUUCUUCCAGAGAUGUGAGGAUGUGAAUUUCAGUCGUUGAAUUUACGAUGAGAAUGGAUCUGACUACAGUCUCCCUUGUUUAUCCUAUGGAUAGUUGUGUUAGUUUGACUGAGGAUGUAAUGGUGACUGUGCCCUGGAUGUAUGACAGGAUUAUUCUGAUCGGUUGGUUGUGAACACCUAUAUCAGUGUGUUAGUGACCACUAGGUGGGGCUAUUGUGCCUUGGUCAGCAAACAGCUUUAUCUUCAUUGUCAGAACAAACACCUCGUUAGGUUGGUAAAAGUGUCUGCUGCAGGUGAGCAUCUCAAUAAUAACAAAGUGCUGCUGUUAUCAUAAAACAUCUGUAGAAUCACCAGCUGUUUGUGCGAUGAUACAACACAACAUCAUUUUGUUUUGUUUCGAAAGAGAGAGAGAGAGGGGGGGGGCGUGCGGCACACAGUCACACUAUAAGUGGGUUGAGAAAUUGUUUUCAGUAUACGAUUCUAACUGUAGAGUGUGUGAUCAUGACGUUGGUGAGAGAAGGAUGGGACAUGCCGGUUACUGCUGACAGUUUGUAACUGUGGAGUGUGUGAUCAUGACGUUGGUGAGAGAAGGAUGGGACAUGCCGGUUUCUACUGACAGUUUGUAACAGUAGAGUGUGUGAUCAUGAUGUUGGUGAGAGAAGGAUGGGACAUGCCGGUUACUACUGACAGUUUGUAACUGUGGAGUGUGUGAUCAUGACGUUUGUGAGAGAAGGAUGGGACAUGCCGGUUACUACUGACAGUUUGUAACUGUAGAGUGUGUGAUCAUGACGUUGGUGAGAGAAGGAUGGGACAUGCUGGUUACUACUGGCAGUUUGUAAAAUGUCCCAAGAUAUUCUCACAGGGUGAUUUGAAUGAAUUUUUUUUGUUGCCUAUUGAACAUGAAAAGUAAGAUUUCUAACGUACUCCACAUAAUUUUGGUGCAUAUUUUCCAUCUGUUACCUGGCUUCUGGUUUGAUACAAGGCGUCCUGUUUAGUACAUGAUGUGUUCAUUGUUAUGUACUAUAUUUUUUUAUAUUAAACAAGUAUUUCCCUGUGUGUAUACCCUCGUGUAUUCUUCAGUAAGAAACAGAACAGACUCUAUCGUCCAGUUAAUUCAGGAUGUGAAAUCCUGUAAAGUUACUGAGAAUUGUUCACCAAAACCUUACUGUGGAUGAAAUUUACAACACCUGUUUUUCCUGAAACUUCCUAUAAUGAUAUAGGAUUUUUUCUUAAUUUCUUCUUCGUAAAUUAAAAUGAGUAGGUAUUAGGUAGUCUAUGUAAUUGUAUCUGCUCUGACCUCGUUACACACAGCAAGAAAAACUUGUUUUUUUCUUUUCAAGAAUCUCCGAUAAAUUUGUUCUUGUCAACAUUUUUUGUGUUGAAGCCAAAAGCUAGGAUUGGUUGUCUUGGUAAUAAUGUAUCAUUGAUCAUGUAACAAAAAUAUCUUGUAAUUUUACCAGUAACAGUUGCCAUGGUUAUAAUAAAAACUGCUUGGUUGUCAUGGUUACUAGGACUUGUAGUAACUAGGUCAGUUACUUGUUGUCCCUAGGGCUAACUUGUUGUUGCCACGACAAUAACUGGUUGUCACUAGGACAGUAACUGAUUGUUUCUAGGACUGAAACUUGUUGCAUGAACAGAAACUGGUUUCCCAGAACAAUCACUGGUUGUAGCUAGGACAGUCACUGGUUGUCACUAGGACAGUUACUGGUUGUCAUGGUUACAUUUAGUGGUUGUCACUAGGACAGUCAUUUGUUGUCACUAGGACAUUUACUGUUUGCCACUAGGACAGUUACUGGUUGUCAUGGUUACAGUUACUGGUUGUAACUAGGAUAGUCACUGGUUGUUACUAGGACAAUCACUGGUUGUCAUUAGAACUUGACCCUGUUAUUUCCCUGGUUUGUUAUCGUCCUCAUCUUACAUGUACAAAUGUAUGUGUGUGUUGUAUGGAAUUACUAUCAUCAUAGUUGUCACCAGUCACUUCCAGUUUUACAAAUUUUAAUAAAUUUUAUCAUCUAUUUUUGAAAUGGAAUAUUUGCUACAUUGAGAAUAUGCGUAGUUGUUACUAUGAGAUCAUACUCGGUGACCCUGCUGGUCUACAGGUGAAUGGAUUCAGUCCCACGAAUCAAAGUCGUACAAAAAUCAUCUGAUCAUUAAAUUGUCUGUAAGGGAAAAAAACUUGUUAUAAUCACUGAAUGAAUUAAGAAAGUGAAUUUCCUACAUAAGAUGUACGACUUUGUGGAGAGUGAUUGGAGGCCGCAGUGGCCGACUGUGACGACAGGGCACCGAGUACCCCUGAUGGUAGUUGUAGACCAGUAGAGGGCGCAUUGUCUCUAAGAUGUUAGAGGGACGUCAGCGUCAAACAUUGGUUCUUGUAUAAAAGGGUACAAAAAUAAAGUAUAAAUGAUGAUCCAAGACUUCUGGUUCUCAAUUCA